GAUCUCCGGGUUCCGCAGCCCCUCUCUGGUCCCUGAGCUGGGCUCCUCGCGGGGUCCAGCGGGCGGCGGGCGUGGGAAGGGCAGCUUCGGCGCCCCGCCCCGGCCUCUGUGAUGUCAGCGCCGGAACCUGGAAUCCCGGCUCCGCGAGGGAAGGUCGGGGACUCGGCGGCGGCGGCGGAGGGAGCGGAUCCCCGGCGGCCUCAGGGGCACGGGGCGCAGCCAUGAGCGAGUCCAGCGCCAGUGCGCUCCCGCCCGGCAGGCCCAGCCGGCAGCCGGCGGUCCACUCAGAGAACCUGUCUCUAGACUCCAGUUGCUUCUUCUCUCCACCUGUGAACUUCCUCCAAGAAUUGCCAAGCUACCAAUCCAUUGCACGCAGGAGAACGGGCGUCCUUUCCCAGGACAAGCAAAGUGGCACUUUGCUAAAGUCAACCAACUCUUACAGCUCCCAGCUGAAGGACAGAAUUGCUGCAAACCUCAGCAGCCAAUCCAUUCGAGAAUAUGCACUGAACAUCUCUGAGAAGCGGAGACUAAGGGACAUUCAGGAGACCCAAAUGAAGUAUCUCUCUGAGUGGGACCAGUGGAAGCGGUAUAGCAGCAAGUCUUGGAAGAGGUUCCUAGAGAAGGCACGAGAGAUGACGACGCACCUGGAGCUGUGGCGGGAGGACAUUCGCAGCAUUGAAGGGAAAUUUGGCACUGGGAUUCAGUCCUAUUUCUCCUUCUUGAGAUUCCUGGUGUUGCUGAAUUUGAUAAUAUUUCUGAUCAUCUUCAUGCUGGUUUUGCUCCCAGUCUUACUCACAAAAUACAAGAUCACCAACAGCAGCUUCGUGCUCAUACCUUUCAAAGACACAGAUAUUCAAUGUACAUUCUAUCCAGUAAGCAGCUCUGGACUCGUUUACUUUUACAGUUAUAUCAUAGACUUGCUUUCUGGCACUGGUUUCCUGGAGGAGACUAGCCUCUUUUAUGGACAUUACUCCAUUGAUGGGAUGAAAUUUCAGAACUUCACUUAUGAUCUGCCCCUGGCAUAUUUGUUAAGCACAAUCGCCUACCUGGUCCUGAGCCUUCUUUGGAUAGUGAAAAGGUCGGUGGAAGGAUUCAAAAUCAACCUGAUUCGGAGUGAGGAGCACUUUCAGAGUUACUGCAACAAGAUCUUUGCUGGCUGGGACUUCUGCAUCACUAACCGCAGCAUGGCGGAUCUGAAGCACAGCAGCUUGCGGUACGAGCUCCGAGCAGAUCUAGAGGAAGAAAGAAUACGGCAGAAAAUAGCAGAAAGGACCUCAGAAGAAACAAUACGCAUUUACUCUUUGAGACUGUUUUUGAACUGUAUUGUUCUGGCUGUUUUAGGGGCAUGCUUUUACGCAAUAUAUGUAGCAACUGUCUUCUCACAAGAGCACAUGAAAAAGGAAAUUGACAAGAUGGUUUUUGGAGAGAACCUCUUGAUAUUGUAUCUACCGUCUAUCGUGAUCACGCUGGCCAAUUUUAUAACCCCAAUUAUCUUUGCCAAGAUCAUCCACUAUGAGGAUUAUUCCCCAGGCUUUGAGAUCCGGCUAACAAUUCUUAGGUGCGUCUUUAUGCGGCUGGCCACGAUAUGUGUCCUGGUGUUCACGCUGGGCUCCAAGAUCACAUCCUGUGAUGAUGACACAUGUGACCUCUGUGGCUACAACCAGAAACUCUACCCAUGCUGGGAGACCCAGGUUGGGCAGGAAAUGUACAAGCUGAUGAUCUUUGACUUCAUCAUCAUCUUGGCUGUGACACUCUUCGUGGAUUUCCCUAGAAAGCUCCUGGUGACCUACUGUUCCUCUUGGAAGCUGAUUCAGUGCUGGGGGCAGCAGGAAUUUGCCAUUCCCGAUAACGUCCUGGGGAUAGUUUAUGGGCAAACCAUCUGCUGGAUCGGAGCCUUUUUCUCACCCCUUCUCCCUGCAAUUGCAACCUUGAAGUUCAUUAUCAUCUUCUAUGUGAAAGAGUGGAGUCUGCUUUACACCUGCAGACCCUCCCCGCGGCAGUUCAGAGCAUCCAAUUCUAAUUUCUUCUUCCUGUUGGUGUUGUUGAUCGGUCUGUGUUUGGCAAUAAUACCUCUGACAAUCAGCAUGUCUGGCAUCCCUUCCUCGAAAGCCUGUGGGCCAUUCACCAACUUCAACACCACCUGGGAGGUCAUCCCCAAGACGGUGAGCACCUUCCCCAGCUCGCUGCAGUCCUUCAUCCAUGGCGUCACGUCAGAAGCCUUUGCAGUUCCUUUCUUCAUGAUUAUCUGCCUCAUCAUGUUUUACUUCAUCGCCUUAGCUGGAGCACACAAACGAGUGGUCAUCCAGCUCCGAGAGCAGCUGUCCCUGGUAAGGAAGCAUAGCCCCAGAGGGUCAUGGUGGCAGGCAUUUACCCAGGACACUGCAAGGAAAGUGGUGUUUUCCCGGGAGGGAGUAGAAUUUCUGCAGCCUUCUCUCGCCACCACCUCCUCAAAACUCUGCCUUCAGGCCCAGCCCCGUCCAGCUUCAUUCAUUCACUGAUUCAUCCAUUCCUUCACGAUGUGUAUUAAGGAGGGUGUGGUGGCUCAUACCUGUAAUCCCAGCACUUUGGGAGGCUGAGGAAGGUGGAUCACUUGAGCUCAGGAGUUUGAGAGCAGCCUGGCCAACAUGACGAAACCCCAUCUUUACUAAAAAUACAAAAAUUAGCUUGGCAUGGUGGUGGGCACCUGUGAUCCCAGCUACUUGGGAGGUUGAGGCAGGAGAAUCCCUUGAACUCAGGAGGUGGAGGUUGCAGUGAGCUCAGAUUGCACCACUGCACUCCAUCCUGGGCCGCGGAGUGAGACUCCAUCUCAAAAAUAAAAAUAAAAGUGUAUUAAGCACCUAUUCUAUGCCUUGGACUGUGCUUGGUGCUGGGACACUUUGAUGAACAAGAGACAAACAGCUAGGUUGUUAAUAAGAUAAAUGCUGAUUAAUUAUAGCUUCUAUGAAGAUAGUUAAAAACAAGGUAGAGUGAUGAGUGGGCCAUCUACUACUGCAGAUGUGGAGGCAGAAGGCG